AUGUAUCCAGCCAAAUUGCUUUCAAUUAAGGUCAGUUUGUAGAAGCGUAGUGACGAUAUGUUGUAAAUUCUUAUCAUUUCAGUUUUCAUUUGUCUCACAUUACACUUCAAAUCGAUUUGGGGGUUCGUGUGUACUCAAUCGUUAAAACAAAAAGCCAUCGGUUCGAAUUGAUGAAACGCUUUGUUUAUUCGGUUUUCAAUUGAAUUGCAUUAUGUAAAACAUUAAAAUAUACAAUAAAAGAGUAAAUGUUGUAUAGUAAAGCAAUAAUAUUGUUUCUGUAAAGUUAUUUUGGGGAGAAAAAAAUAAAGAAUGAAGUAAAAAUUAGUCUUAAAAGGCUAGUCUCAGAGUUAUUAGGUUCAAACUUAGACUCAAACUUACUAUUUUUAGGCUUAAGCUUGUCACCUGAUUUGGCUUUAAUUUAUUUCAAGUUUAGUUUUCGGCGUAAAGUUAGAGUUAGCUUAUGUUUAGCCUUAGGCUGAGAAUGAAUAUGAGCCUGAGUUUGAUGUUAAGGUAUAGCCUUAGCUAUAGUCAUAAGUCUUGUUUGCUUAAUCUUAGACUUAAUCUUAGGUCUUGGCUUAUUCUUUAGUUUAGGUUCAAGCAUGUAAGCUCAAUUUUAGGUUUGAGCUCAAGCUAAAGCGCAAUCUCAGGUUCAGGCUCAGGGCAGGCUCAGGUUCAGGCUCAGCUCAGGCUCAGGCUCAGGCUCAGGCUCAGGCUCAGGCUCAGGUUCAGGCUCAAGCUCAGCUCAGGCUCAGGCUCAGGCUCAUUAGGCACAGGUUUAAGUUCAGGCUCAAGCUCAGGCUCAGGCUCAAGCUCAGGCUCAGGCUCAGGCUCAGGCUCAGGCUCAGGCUCAGGCUCAAGCUCAGCUCAGGCUCAGGCUCAGGCUCAUUAGGCACAGGUUUAAGUUCAGGCUCAAGCUCAGGCUCAGGCUCAGGCUCAGGCUCAGGCUCAAGCUCAGGCUCAGGCACAGACUCAGACUCAGACUCAGACUCAGGCUCAGGCGCAAGCUCAGGCUUAAGUUUAAGCUUUACCUCACGGUUAAGCUCAAACUCUAGCCUAGCUGUAACUCCAACUCCAACUCCAACCCCAACUCUAGCUCUAACUCCAACUCCAACUCCAACUCCAACUCUAGCUCUAGCUCCUGCUCCAGCUCACGUUCAAACUCAAGCUCAAACUCAAGUCAAAAUCGAUGUUAAAUUCAAUCUCAAGCGCAAGCAUAAACUCACAUUCAAAUUCAAACUCAUUUUUAAACUUAGGCAUAAACUUCAGCUUGGUUUUAAGCUGAAGGUUUGGCUCAAGCUUAGGCUUAAGUUAAAUCUUAGGUCUAAAUUGUUUAGCUAA